AUGGAGUCCUGUGCCGUAAAUGGGAAAAUGGUCGGGGAGAUAGCUGUCAUUUUCAAAUGGUUGUCCCUAAAGCUAAAGUACCGAAUGUUCUACAGAUGGUACCAUAAUGAUUGUUCAGGAGGUCAUCUUGGAGUUAAACGAACUCUACUGAAGAUCCCAGAACGGUUUUACUGGGUCCGCUGUUGUGACGAUGUCGAGGACUGGUGUCGCAAAUUUACAAAUUGUGCGGCUGUAAAGGAAUGUAGUCGAGGUGCAUUGAAAUUGUACAAUGUUUGUCCACCAUGGGAGAGGAUAGCCCUUGAUGUUGCGGGCCCGUUUCCAGAAAGUGAAAGUGGUAACAAGUAUUUUAUGGUUGUGAUAGAUUACUUCUCUCAGUAA